AUGAGCGCUUCUAGCUCCGGGCGCGAACCACACCCUCAGUUGACUGCUGCUUCAACCUCACUUCCACGACUGGGCUUCAACCCAAUGUCCGACAAAGCUCAAAGAGUGAGCUCGCCAUCGCCCCUGCCGAUCUCCAGGGCGCCCUCUCGAGUGCCCUCGGGUGUCCAUUCAGAUCAGCAGAACCAACUAAGCAGUCUCACCGUGUCCAGUCGGUCCAAAAAACCCUUUCUCAUUCCCGCUUGA